AUGGCAAAUCUUUGUUUUCAUUUCCCCUUCCUCAUGUUCUCCCUACUUUGUCUCAAGGUUUGUUUCACUUUAUGCCACACCAAUCUUACUAUAAAUGAUGAGUUGGCACUACUUGCUUUCAAGUUUUCUAUCAAGGACCCUCACAAUCACUUGGCUAAUUGGUCCAACUCUUCUUCCAUUUGCAAUUGGGUUGGGGUUAUGUGUGAUGCUCAACAUGAGAGAGUAAUAGCCUUGAAUCUUGGGGAGAUGGGUCUCAAGGGAACUUUGCCCUCAAAAAUUGGGAAUUUGUCUUUUUUGGUUGAACUUGACCUUCAUAGUAAUAACCUUUAUGGUGACUUGCCAAAAGAGUUGAUCCAAUUACAGAAGCUACAAAUUCUCAACUUGAGCUACAAUGAAUUCAAUGGAGAAAUUCCAACUUGGAUUGGAAGCUUAUUUAUGCUUCAGCACUUCCAUCUUCGUAAUAAUAGUUUUGGAGGUGUUAUUCCUAAAAGCAUAUCCAAUUUGUCAAAGUUAGAGACCUUGAACUGGAAUGAUAACUUUGUUGAAGGAUUCAUUCCAUUUGAAAUUGGAAAGCUUCAAUGUUUGAAGAUUUUACAAAUUGCAGUAAACAAGCUUUCAGGAAGAAUACCUCCAACUAUUUCUAACUUAUCCUCACUUGAGAAGUUGUCUUUGCCUUACAACUUCUUAACAGACUCUGAAAAGAAAAAGUCCAUUUUAGCGGAUAUUGCAGGAUUGGUUUAUUCCAAAAGACAAUAG